UGAAAAUUGAUGAUGGCAUCGAGUAUUAUAGACACCAGUGUAUUUCACAAUCUAAAGAUUGACUUGGACGCAAUUAACAACAAAACGAAUCUCAAAGCAGCUCUUUUAUUCGGAUCAUCUUUCUUGGGAUUAUAUUGGUUGUAUGGCAAAUUCUCCAGAAGACACAUCAAAGAUCCACCAGGACCGUUUUCAUUUCCUAUUGUGGGAAACAUGCCACAACUUGCAGGAAGUAUUGACCUAUAUCAGUUAUUCCUCCAAUACCGCGAACAAUACGGCGACGUUAUCAAAUUUGAAAUUGGUAGCACCAAGAUGAUAGUAAUUUGUGGUUAUAAGGCCAUUCAUGAGUGUUUGAUUGAGAAGGGUCAUUGCUUUGCCAAUAGACCAAAUUGGAUUUACAUAAUAGACCAGAUUUUUCACAACUCAGGUGUAUUUUGGACAAACGGUCAGAGAUGGAAGGAUUUGAGACGAUUUACCCUGACAACUCUUAGAGAUUUCGGAGUAGGAAAAAAGAGUCUAGAAGAAAGAAUUUUAGAUGAAUUCACCUAUAUAUGCAACAUAAUUGACAGUAAAAAAGGACACGCUUUUAAUCCUAAAUUUAUCUUCGCCAAUGGAGUAGCCAAUAUCAUUUGUACCAUAGUCUUUGGAGAAAGGUUCGAAUAUGAUGAUCCAGAAUUUCUAAGAAUGAUAGACAUGUUAAAUUAUCUUUUUAAAAACGUCGGAUUUCAAGUGCCCGAGAAUUUUUUCCCCAUUGUUAGAAUGAUCCGGGGUAACAGUUCGGUUAUCAAGAAUGAUGUGGAGAUCCAGAAAUUUGUAAAGAAACGAAUCGAAGAACAUCGACAAACAUUUGAUCCAAAUGAACUGAGAGAUUUUAUUGACAUGUACCUGAAAGUAUGCCAAGAUAAAUCAGAGGACCUAAAAGUGAAUGAGACAGAUAUGUUCCGUAUAACAGUAGAUUUAUUUUUGGCUGGUUCAGAAACAACUGCUACAUCUUUAUGGUGGACUGUAUUAUAUCUCAUCAACUAUCCAGAUAUACAGAACAAGUGCUAUCAAGAAAUUAUGAAGUUGACUGGUGGAGGUCGCAACGUAACUCUGGCAGAUAAACCACACUUGGUGUACAUCUGGGCAUUUCUGAACGAGGUUUUGAGAAUUGUUUGUAUAACACCGACGACCCCACCAAGAGCUGUGAGUGAAGAAUGUACUAUAAAUGGAUAUACAUUAGAGAAGGACACAAUGGUUUUAUUUCACAUUAACUCAGCUCAUUUUGACACGGAUUUUUGGGACGAACCAGAGAAAUUUAACCCAGAUAGAUGGAUUGGAAAUGAUGGAAAAAUUAUAAAACAUAAAGCUUUCAUGCCAUUUGGUGGUGGAACGAGAUCGUGUAUGGGAGAACCACUGGCUAACAUGGAACUCUUUAUUUUCGCAUGCAACUUUAUAUCCAGAUACGAAUUCAAAGUGCCAGAUGGACAGAAAACGCCAUCAAUAAAGGGAACUGUGACUGGGGUGACCAUGCAACCAGAUCCAUACGAAGUCAUAGCGGUACCAAGAUAAAACACAAAAGACUUCUCGCACUAUAAACAUAACUUCAACACGGUGCCUUCUUGUGCCGGUGCCUUCUGUUGAAUAAAAAUACCACACGUAGUAAUAGUAGGUCAUUGUGUAGAUUUUGUGUGGUUUCCUUCCUGAAUUAAAUUUCAUUGGUCUAAAGCAUCUUAAUUGAUCAUCAUAUUAUAAUGGAAUCAUGCCAAAGGGGGGCAGAGGAGGCAGUCGCCCCCACCAUGUUUUUCGGGCAAAAAUCUCAUAAUUAUGUUAGAAAUUCAGGCAAUCUCAGAUAUUUCUCUGAGCUGCGAAUACUAUUGCUAUAAAAUUCAACAACAACAAACAUAUGAACACAGAUACAAAAUUUUAUUUCUAUUUCUCAAGUCUUAUACAACUACAUACUUCCAAGCACAAAUGAAUAACACUAUCGCUAACUUAGACCAUCCUCAUAUCAUCUUGGCCAUGGAUCCACACGAUUUUUUCUCAUCACAAAAUUAACUUUCUUUUGCAUGUCUGUGGAAUAAAUUCUUUUACAUCUCUCAUAGCUGAUUCUUUGUCUAGUAAUAAAUGGUUUCU